AAAAGAGAUGGAAAAGUAUGAGAAUAAGAAAAGAAAGAGGAAAGAAGGAGACGUUAGUCGGCCGAGAGGAGUUUUUGUUUGUCUCUGUCUGCACCUGUCCGUCGUUAGACGUGAAGUUGCAGUCUAGGUCCGCGCAAAGGCGCUCCAAGGAAGGGGUUAUGGUCAAUAAACGCGACCACGUCACACGAACAACCAGCCUAUCGGAUACCCCCUACUUUACCCCUUAAACUUGCUUCAGCGAACGAAAAUCUUACAUGUCGGCCGAUAUGAAAAGCGUUGUGCGUUUGUCUGCCGAAUAACUCGAGAAAUAACGGUUCUCACGUGAAACAGCUGAUCGUUCCGAUAACUUCGUACAACUAAGAUUCCACGGAACGAAAACAGACUUCUGUCAAAGUGGUCGGGGAGGAUAAGGAGUCCCCGAAGAUUGUGCCUUUUCGUAGUCGGAAGGUAUAGGAAAAGAUUUGUGAACAACUAUUUUUUGAAACUGAUUUAAGAUGAGCGUCCCUGAAGAAAGCAGCUCUUGCCUCGUGUUAUGCCAAAGGUCAAGAAAAAAUCAUAUCUGCAGAAGGUGAAGGAAAUGCGAGAUUACAGAAGACAAAAACUAAUGUCUGAAACGGCGGAAGAACGUGCACUUAGACUUUACACGUCUGCGGAGAGGAUGAAAAACGUGAGGGCUAAAGAGACGGAAGAACAAGCAGCCCUCAGAAGAAUGCAAGAAGCUCAGAGGAUGGCGAGGCACCGAGCCAAGAAGAAGCGUUGCCUGGACGAGAAUUUGGCACGCGAGAUAUCAAAAAUAGCAGAACUCUCAAAAAAGCCGGACGCUGCGACGUUUGCACAAAUGAGUGAAAUGAACAUGAACAAAAUAUCGGCAGAGCUGAAGCAGAUGAUGGAGCGAGGCAAGGUGCCGGAGCACAUUGUACAAAUGGCCCAACUCGCAGAGUUCAGUAAAAUGACAGAGUUCAAUAAAAUGAGUCAGGACAUGGCGAAGAGAUACGAGAUGGAAAAGAUGGCGGAAUACGCCAAGAACACAGAGUACAUGAAGAUGCAAGAAAUCGCAAAAAUGUCGGAGAUCGCGAAGAUGAACGAGAUGGUGAAAUUGUCAGAAAUGGCCAAAUACAACGAUAUGAAUAAAAUGAACGAAAUUGCCAAAAUGAAUGAAAUGAUGAAAAUGUCACAAAUGGUUAAAAUGAACGAAGUUCAGCGUAUGAACGAGAUCGCUAAACUCAACGAAAUGGUCAAAAUGUCAGAGAUGGCCAAGUACAACAGUGACAUUGCUCAGAUCAACGAGAUGGCCAAGGAAAUAGUUAAAAUGAAUGAGAAAACAAAAAUGAACGAAAUGAUAAAAAUGGCCAAUAUGCAAAACGACAUUACAAAAAUGCCGGAAUAUUCGAAAAUGGCGGAAAUGGCGAAACUCACAGAACUCGCCAAGCUCAAUGAAAUCACCAUCACGAAGCUCAACGACCCACCGCCUCCACCCCCGCCGCCGCCCGCUCCGAAACAACAGCAGGAAAUCCAGAGAAUCCCCGAACCAGUUAUCACCGUGCCAAACCCGAGAAAUUUACAGAAUGUACAAACCGUACAAGCCGCUCAAGCGAGCCCCUCGAGUACCAUCAACUUUCCGUCUGUGCCUGGCCAAGGCAAAUACGCUCAGUUGCUCGUUAUCAUCGAGGAACUUGGACGCGACAUUCGUCUUUCAUACGCCGGUAGUCGCAGCGCUGCCGAACGUCUCAAAAUGGGAAUUCAACACGCAAGGAUUCUCGUUCGCGAGUGUCUUCUCGAGACCGAGCACAAUGCUCGACAAUGAUCUGUCGAUACUAUUUAGCUAUUUAGAUUAUUAUUACUAUUAUUAAUUCGUAGCCCAUUUUUCUUUCACGAUAACACGAUCCAGGGUACAGUGAAACUGAAGAAAGCAGCACGGUGCUGAAUUUCGCAUCGUUGGAACACACUGAAAUGCCUUUUUUCUCUAGUGCCUCCGAUUUUUUUGCAGCUUUGAGCUACAAAAGUGGGUUCCUAUUAGAUGGAUGAGAAUCUGCAAAAAAUAAGUAUUUGCACCAUUUGAAAGAGAAAUUUGUAAAAACUCAUUUUCUUUGAGAUUCAACGAUGCGAUUUUCAAUCCUGUCGUAAAAUUAUUUGACGGCGCUAUAUUUUCUUAAAAAAACAACGUUAAAGUGUCAUCAUUUUUUCACCACGAGUAAUGAGACCUUAAAAGCUGUAUUUUCGCUCUUUUUUUUGCUUGUCGUUUCAUACAGGCGGAGAUAAAUCAUUGUGAAGAGUUGCCAGGUAUACAUUGCCGUACUUAUUUUCAAAUAGAGAAACAGAAUACGGAUAUUUACUUGAAAGGUUGCGAAUUUUGGAGCGAUUAAGUUUGAGACAAAUUUUGACUUUUUUAAAACGAAGACUUUGGAGCUAGAAUAGCGGAUUUGAGGCAUUCGGGAUCGAUAAUAAUCGUUGUUUUUUUUAAAUUGAGAUAUUCGGAUUAUAUAAAUCAACUAGUAUUUACAUUAUUUUUUAAGAAUAUUCAAAUAUAACGUUGAACAUUUUCACACGAAUACGCUGGAGAAUAAACACACUUAUUUACGAGAAGAAUGUAAACCUUAGACUUUUUCUACGACCGUGAAAAAAAAAACAACUUUUCGUUUCUCAUCUUCAAUGUCAAUUUCAAAGAAAACCGGGAUUGACGUGUUUUUCGUCUACUUUAUAGAUUAUUUGAUACCUGAGUAAGGCACUAUUUUAGUCAUUUACCAGUGUAACUAGUUAAUUAUAUUGCUACGAAGAAGAAAAAUUGAUAUAACUGAAACUAGAUGCAUAGUUAAAUAAAAUACCGGUUUUGUAAUAAA